AUGUCGCACCAAGAACACGGACACGGAGAUGGUGAUCAUCACGACCACCACGAUGAACAUCAUCAUGAGGACCAUCACGAGCAUGGAGCUGAUGGAGAGCAUGUUCACCAUGCAGGAGAUCACUGCGACACCCAACAUGGGGGCAACCAUCAGGCUGGAGAGCACUGCGCUAAAACUCAACACCAAGAUGGAGAACACCACGAGCAACAUCACGAUGCUCAUGACUCUCAUGCUCACGACUCCCAUGAAGGACAUCAGCAUUAA